AUGUCGUCAGAGGACAAGGGCUGGCUAGUGACGGUGAACACGGAACGCUCCUUCACUGCGAGCUUCACUGAGGCGAGAGCCUUCGCCAUGGCAUCGUGCAGGUGCGCGGGCAAUCCAGCGCUGCACCUGGCAAUUUUGUUGACGUCGCUACUGUACAAGUCUAUCAAGUUGCACGAAGGCAGUCGUGAGGCCUCGCCCCGGCGGCACCGAGAGCCAUCACCGAUCGUAGGCAGCCCAUACUUGGAGCAAGCUCCGCCAUUUGGGAGGCCCAGUCGAGCUGUGAAUGCAGCAGGAGCUGCAAUCGCUGGCCUCUGA